CGCCACGUCCAGCUCCACCUCGACCGAGUCAAGGCCCUACUGGGCCAUUGAGAGCAGCACCUGCACCUCCAACGCCUUCACCAACUCCAGAUCCAUUUGCGAAUGCAAAUUCAGAUCCAUUUAGCGCUCAACAAACAAUCGAUAACAAUAAUAGUUUUACAUCUUCCGGUUUCGCCGACUUUACCAAUUUUGAUUCUAAGCCAGAACCGACGGCUAAUCAAUCGACUCCACCAAGAGCAACGAGUAAAAUCCACGUAACAAUGGCGCAACCAAAGCUGUCGGACUUUACGGAGGAUCCUUUUCGAGACUACCGUUAUGAAGACCCUUUCAAUAUAACGGACCCAUUCGCCGAUGAGAUGACAGAGGACUUGAACGCGAACAGGGGGACAAACAAAACAGAUCCUUUUGGUUUUGAAUCAAUUUCUGCGUUCUCGAGUAAGAAUACUCCGACUAAAAUUUUCGAUAAUAAUUUCUCUAAUACCUUUCCGCUCGUUAAAGCAAAAGCCGAAAAGAAUAAUGUAAGCGAUACGAGUAGCGCAAGCAAGUUCGAUGUCGAUUUUGGAAAAGCGUUUUCCAUUGAUAACAAAAACGUUCAGGAUAAUGAUUUUUCCCAAGCGUUUGCUAAUGUCAAGUCAAGAACGAUCAAUCUUGACGAAGCCUUUUCAACUAAAGACACAAAAACUAUCGCGAGGCACGAGUUAAAUAUAAUGCGCAUUUCAAAGUCUAAUAUCCCUUACAACGAUGACAAAUUUACGAACAAUUUCGGAAAGAUGUGGAGCGGUAAUAACAUAACUAAUUUAUCGGAGGAGGAGCAACUUGCAUGGGCAGAAAAGCAGAGUAUAAAAGCAGAAGAAGAGAGGCUCAGGCGUAAAGAGAAGGAAGACGCCGAACUAGCUCUCGCUCUCGAAUUAAGUAAACAGGGGAAAUCGGAAAAUGUUUAACCUUUAAUGAAUAAUAUUAUCUCUUUUUUUUUUAUUGAUAUUACCGUUAACUUGUUAAAUUGUAUGAAAAAGUUUUGUAUUUCAUAAUAAAUGACAUUGUGCAAGUUUACAUUAUUAUGCAUUAGCAUAAUCACGGUAUAGAAACGAAAUGUAGACACAAGUUAUCAGAUUGACAAUAAUAUCGAGUAUACAGAUAUUAAAGAAUAUACUCGAACGAAAAAAAGAAAUUAUCAUAAAUGUUAUUAUAUGUAAACAGAUGAUUUUCGAUUAAGUAUAACUUUGAAAUGUCACAUAUCUCUCAGUAUUUUUCAAAUUGUUUGGAAAAAUUUAUAAAAAGGAGGAAACUUAUUUUAUUUUUAUUUUUUUUUCUAUUGAUUAUAAUGAUCGACUAUUCGCACAUGACUAAACGUGAUCCGAGGGUGUUACACGGCUUUUCUGAGUUACAAUUAUAAAUGUACGAAUGAUAAUAAAAAUAAAUAUGAAAAGUU